UGCAUUUGGUGGCGUCGAUUUUAAUUUUUCGUGUUCGCAGUGUAUUUCCCGGAGGAAAAACCUAUUUUUAUUGGCAAAUCGUGCAAUUCGCAGGUUCGCAAAAUGGACAGGCGCAAAAAACGAACCUCUUCGGAGCAAUAUCAAAUGUAUAUCGAGCUCAUGGAGAGCGACCCAAUUUUUGCCAGCGGACGCGUGCCGCGCGAUUAUGAUCUAAAUUAUUUGACGAGAAAAUGGAAAGAGCUCUCCGACAGGCUCAACAAAUGCGGAUCGGGACCGACACUAACAGCCGAAGAAUGGCGCAAGCGCCUAAACGACUGGAAGAACACGACGCGAUGCAAGUACAGACGCAGCCUGAUGUCCAGCGAGAAGGAUAUAUCGAUGUCAUCGCUAGAGACGCGUGCUCUAAAUCUGUUUGGUAAGGUGCCCGGAUCGGGGGAAACGUUGAUGAAUUUGAAAUCGGAGAAAGAUGAUCAGGAGGAUGAUAUAGAGGAUCUGGGACAACGCACAUCGGCCUCGUUCCAAAAGGAACUGCAAGCGGCCGUCGAAGAGGCCAUCAAUGACGAGGAUGAGGAUGAAAUGGUGGAGGAGCAUGUCGAUCAGGAGGAUCUCACCGAUGAGAACAUGCACGAGCCGGGCGGCGGCAUCGACGGGCCCACUGUGGGCGGCACGACGGCCGUGAAUACAAGCGGCGGUGGCUAUCGCACCAUAGUCGUGGACAACUCCACGUAUGUGGAAGAGGAUCAGGAUCAUGCGGAGCCAACCGCUGAUCCCGUCAAGUUUGUGUGCACGCCCAACAUACACUCGGCCAGCAGCAGCACCACCAAGCUAAUUAACGGUGAAUUGCCCGUAAAGCGAUUACGACGAGAUCAGGUGAUCUACGAAGUUAAGAAUGCGCCGCGCUCUUAUACAACCAUCCAGACGGGCGCCUCGUUGCCGACCCUGCACAACACAAAGAUGCAUCACGAUGGCCAGGCCACCACAUUGGGAGCCGCAUUGAGUGGGCUGGAUGCGCAGGAGAUAGCGCAUCAAUUGAAACGCCUGGCUGACAUCAACUAUGAGACGCUGCAGUUUGAGAUCGCGCGCUUUAAAUUCAAUAAUCCGGGCUUUCACUAUGAGCCGCCGCCAUUAUAGUCAUUGCCCAAGGCACAAGCGCAAAGCAUCAGCAGCAGCACCAGCAGCAGCGUGAGCCGCACACAACAGCAACAACAUCAGCAGCAGCACCAACAACAGCAACAACAGAAGCAGCAGCAGCAGCAGAAGCAACGGGAGCAACAGCAUAAACAGCGGCAGCACCAUGAGCGAACGAUGGAGACGAAGAAGAAAUAGUUCUAGUUUUUAUUGACAAACACGAACACAAACACAGACACAGACACAAAACACAUAUUUGCGCUGUCAGUUCGAAUUUGUACAUUUUACGUGAGCUGCAGACAA